AUGCAUAAAUCCUUUGGAUUUGUUAUUUUUCUAUUAUUCAUUAACUUUGCCACUUCUUUUCCAUAUUCCAUCUUUCGACGUGAUUCAUUAUCAGGAUUUACUAAAUGUAACGGCACAUUUCCAAUCGAAAUUACUUCUUUCUCUUUUAGUCCGAACCCAGUAAUUAUAGGACAAAAUGUUACAUUUACUUUUUCCUUCGUAAGCACAGAAACAAUUCAACAAGGGGUAACAUUAAAUGACACAGCAUAUUAUCAACAACAACCCGGAAAUUAUACAAUUGUAUCUUCUGGGUAUUUGACACCUACUCCAAAUGACCCGAAAAACAUUACAAUCGAGUAUGAUCUAAAAUUUGAAGUUGCUAAUCCCGGAAAUCCUGCAACUAUCCUGACUUGUAUGGAAGGAAAAUAUCCUAUUCAUUUUCCGUAA